AAGAUAGUUCGGGAAUUUCCAAAACGAAUCAUUUGAGCUCUAGACGGUCGACAACUAAGAUGAAGCUAAUUUUCGUUCACCUCGUCAUCCUGUUGGCGGCGGAGCAGAUCCGGAGCUCUCCCACUCGUCGUUUAGACCAGUUUGCAUUCGAAAAGUAUUUGACUAGGGCAAGAGCUGUCCUGGAUCGAGUUCCUCUUAUUGAUGGGCACAAUGACUUCCCAAUGACCCUGCGUGACUUUGCAAGAAACCAGGUAGGAGACUUGGACAUUAAUGACUUGACAACAUCCGAGCCAUGGGCCAGUUCUUCCUCGUCGCAUACAGACAUCAACCGACUGCGCACGGGCAAAGUUGGAGCUCAGUUUUGGUCUGCCUAUGUUGGUUGCACUACCCAAUACAAAGACGCCAUCUCCAAGACGUGGGAACAGAUUGACGUUGUGCAUCGAAUGGUGGAGGCCAAUCCAGCUACUUUCGAGUUUGUUACAUCUGCACAAGGGAUCGAGGAUGCUUUCAGCCAAGGAAAAAUCGGAAGUCUCAUCGGAGUGGAAGGUGGACAUUCCAUCGACAGCUCGUUGGCCGUUCUUCGCAUGAUGUACGACAUGGGUGUUCGCUACAUGACGAUGACCCAUUCAUGUGCUACUCCUUGGGCGGAUAAUUCGCAAGUGGACAACCCAGGAGGCGUGGCCGUUCAUGAUGGUCUAACACCGUUUGGAAAGACUGUGGUUGCGGAAAUGAAUCGAUUGGGAAUGCUGAUUGAUUUGUCGCACGUUUCACGCAAAACGAUGAGAGACGCGCUGGAAACAAGCACUGCUCCCGUCAUUUUCUCUCAUUCAUCAGCGUACGCAUUGUGCAACAACACGCGCAAUGUUCCCGACGAUAUUUUGCAAUUGGUGGUAGCAAACGGAGGCGUCGUCAUGGUCAACUUUUUCCCGAGUUUCGUCACCUGCAGUUCGACGGCAACAGUUCAAGACGUCGCCAACCAUAUGGAUCAUAUCCGAAACGUUGCGGGAGUUGAUAACAUUGGUAUCGGAGCUGAUUACAAUGGCAUAACUGAGGUUCCGGUAGGAUUGAAAGAUGUGUCCGAGUACCCGAAUUUGUUUGCUGAGCUUCUUGCUCGCGGCUGGGCAGAAGCUGACCUCGAGAAAAUUGCGGGACUCAACUUGUUGCGAGUCCUCAGAGGAGCGGAAGCGGUGCGUGAUCAGAUGGCUGCUGACGGAGUAAAGCCGUUUGACGAAUGGAUUCCACAAGCUGAUUUGCCCGCCGAGUCCCUGCCCUGUAGCACCGGCCAGAUCAAGUCAGUAAAGUUGACGACCGAAUGAAAACGUUUCUACAUUGUACCAUUACAAUAGAAAAUGAUUUCCCUACUGUUUUCACAUUGGUUCCUUGGAAAUUGUCGGGUAAUGAUUUUUCUAGUUUUAAUUCCUCAUUGGAAUUUUAAUAUACAAUUAAUUGCAGA